UCCCUCGGUAGGCGUCCCUGGAAAGGAGCACGGCCCCGGCUCUCCUCUGCCGGCGGCCUCGCGUCUCCCUGCUGCGGGGAGAGCCCUCGGGACGGGGCAGGGACAGUUUUGCAUCCUGGAAUGUCCCUUUACUUCUUGAAAAUGAUGAAAAUGGUUGCAUGCUUCUUCUUGCUGUUCGGGCACACUCUGCUUUCCACUGGCUCUGUCAUGGCAAAAGAUCUCCCCGGAGGACAUUUCACCCGAAGAAGGGAUGUUAACUCACAAUCUCUGCUAGAAAAUACUUGUAACAGAAAACGUCUGGAUCUCGUCUUCAUCAUUGACAGUUCUCGUAGCGUACGUCCUUACGACUUCGAAAAAGUGAAGGAGUUCAUUUUAACCAUCUUGCAGUUCCUGGACAUCAGUCCUGAUGCCACCCGAGUGGGCCUGAUUCAGUACGGCAGCACUGUCAAACACGAGUUCUCUCUGAAGACCUUCAGGAGGAAGCAGGAGAUCGAGAGAGCAGUGAAGAGAAUGAUGCACCUGGCGACUGGCACCAUGACUGGGCUGGCUAUUCAGUACGCCGUCAACAUCGCGUUUUCAGAGUCAGAAGGGGCUCGACCUCUGAGCCAGAACGUGCCUCGCAUUAUCAUGAUAGUGACAGAUGGGCGACCGCAAGAUCCAGUGGCAGAGAUUGCUGCGAAAGCUCGCAACUCAGGAAUCCUGAUUUUUGCUAUUGGAGUGGGAAGAGUGGACAUGAACACGCUGAAGUCCAUUGGGAGUGAACCGCAUGAAGAGCACGUAUUUCUGGUUGCUAAUUUCAGUCAGAUUGAAACACUGACCUCCGCCUUCCAGACUAAAAUUUGUGUUCCCCAUAUGUGCAGUAUAGUUGAACAUCGCUGUGAUCACUUCUGCAUAAACACCCCCGGCUCCUAUGAAUGCAGAUGUAAACAAGGAUACAUCCUGAAUGCUGACCAGAAAACUUGCAGCACUCAGGACCUCUGUGCUGUGGAGAAACAUGCCUGUGAGCAGAUUUGUGUGAACACGCCUGGGUCUUACGUCUGUCAGUGUUAUGAAGGGUAUGAACUUGAUGCAAAUGGAAAGAAUUGCAUUGUUGUAGACUACUGUGCUGUGGAUAACCAGGGUUGCCAACAUGAAUGUGUUAACACUGAGGACUCCUAUUACUGUAGAUGCUACCCAGGGUUCAUUUUAAAUCCAGACAAAAGAACUUGCAGAAGACCAGACUAUUGUGCUCUUCAGGACCAUGGCUGUGAACAAGAAUGUGUUAAUACAGAUGAUUCCUAUUUUUGUCGAUGCCAAGAAGGGUUUAGACUUAAUCCAGAUAAGAAAACAUGCAAAAGAGUGGACCACUGUGCUGAAAGUAAUCAUGGCUGUGAACAUCUGUGCCUAAAUACCGAUGAUUCCUAUGUCUGUCAGUGCUUUGAAGGAUUUGUCAUUAAUGAGGACCUAAAAACCUGCACACGAGUUGACUAUUGUGCUCUGAGUGAUCACGGCUGUGAACAUUUGUGUAUAAAUGGUGACAGAUCUUAUACUUGUCAGUGUUUUGAAGGAUACAGGCUUCGGAAUGAUGGGAAAACUUGUAAACGUAAAAAUGUCUGCAAAUCAGUCAACCAUGGCUGUGAACAUGUUUGUGUUAGUGCUGACAAUUCCUACAUCUGCAAGUGUCGUGAGGGAUACAUAUUGAGAGAAGAUGGGAAGACAUGCAGAAGACAGGACAUCUGCAAAUCAGUCAGCCAUGGCUGUGAGCAUAUUUGUGUUAACAAAGACGACUCUUAUGCUUGUGAGUGUCAUGAGGGUUUCUUACUGAGAGAAGAUGGGAAAACAUGCAGAAAUAAAGACAUUUGCAGCUCAGUUGCCCAUGGCUGUGAACAUGUUUGUGUUAAUGCUGAUGAGUCAUACAUCUGCCAGUGUUUUGAGGGAUUUGCAUUAAGGGAAGAUGGAAAAACAUGUAGAAAUAAAGAUGUUUGCAAUUCUGUUGACCAUGGCUGUGAGCAUGUUUGUGUGAACACUGAUAAUUCAUACAUUUGCCAGUGCUAUGAGGGUUUUGUAUUGAGGGAAGAUGAGAAAACGUGUAAAAGUAAGGACAUCUGCAAAUCAGUCAAUCAUGGCUGUGAACAUCUUUGUGUUAAUAAUGACGACUCAUACACUUGCCAAUGCCAUGACGGAUUUGUACUGAGGCAAGAUGGGAAAACAUGCCGAAGCAAGGAUAUUUGCAAAUCAGUCAACCAUGGCUGUGAACAUGCCUGUGUUAAUGCUGGUGAUACAUUUAUUUGUAAGUGUCAGGAGGGAUUCCUGCUACGAGAAGAUGGAAAAACAUGCAGAAAUAAAGAUCUUUGCAAAGCAGUUGACCAUGGCUGUGAACAUGUUUGUGUUAAUACUGAUGAUUCCUAUAUCUGCAAAUGCCAUGAUGGGUUCCUGUUGAGAGAAGAUGGGAAAACCUGCAAAAACAAGGAUGUUUGUAAUUCAAUCAACCAUGGCUGUGAACAAAUUUGUGUGAAUACUGAAGAUUCUUACAUCUGCAAAUGUCAUGAAAAUUUCAUACUGAAGGAAGAUGGAAGGACAUGUAGAUACAAAGAUGUUUGCAAAUCAGUUGACCAUGGCUGUGAGCAUAUUUGUGUUAAUACUGAUGAUUCCUAUACCUGUGAGUGCCAUGAGGACUUCAUACUGAGGGAAGAUAGGAAAACUUGUAAAAGUAAAAAUAUCUGCAAAACAGUCAACCAUGGUUGUGAACAUGUUUGUGUUCCAACUGGUGAUUCAUACGUGUGUCAGUGCCACAAAGGGUUUAUACUAAGGAGAGACAGGAAAACAUGCAGGAAUAAAGACCUGUGUAAGUCCAUUGACCAUGGCUGUGAACAUGUGUGCAUUAAUAAUAACAAUUCAUACAGCUGUCGGUGCCAUGAGGGUUUUGUCCUGCGGCAAGAUGGAAAAACAUGUCGAAGCAAAGAUGUCUGCAAAUCGGUUGUCCAUGGUUGUGAACAUAUUUGUGUUAAUAAUGAUGAUUCAUACAUCUGCAAAUGUCAGGACGGAUAUGUACUAAAAGAAGAUCAGAAAACAUGCAGAAGAUGCACCGAAGGCCCGGUUGACCUGGUGUUUGUGAUUGAUGGAUCGAAAAGUCUCGGAGAGGACAAUUUUGAAAUCGUGAAACAAUUUGUCUCAGGAAUAUUGGAUACGCUUGAGAUUUCACCCAAAGCGGCUCGAGUUGGUUUGCUUCAGUAUUCCAGUGAAGUCCGCACAGAGUUUACAUUAAGGCAGUUCAACUCAGCCAAAGACAUGAAGAAAGCUGUAUCACAAAUGAAAUAUAUGGGGCGAGGUUCCAUGACAGGACUGGCUCUGAAGCAAAUGUUUGAGAGAAGCUUCACAGAAACAGAAGGAGCCAGACCAUUUUCAGCAAAUGUCCCUCGAAUCGCUAUUGUAUUUACAGAUGGACGAGCUCAAGAUGAAGUCUCUGGGUGGGCUGCUAGAGCAAAGCAAACUGGUAUAAUUAUCUAUGCCAUUGGAAUAGGAAAAGCAAUUGAGGAAGAACUGCUGGAAAUUGCUUCUGAACCAUCAUAUAAGCACCUCUUCUAUGCUGAGGAUUUCACAGCUUUGGAGGACAUAAGUGAAGAGCUAAAAGUCCAAAUCUGUGAAGCCUUGAAAGAUUCAGCUCACCAGCAAGAUCCGUCAUCUGGAAGGCUUCGUAAGACUGGUCCACAGUCUUCAGGACCUGAGUCAACCACAAUAACCAUCACAGAUGUCCUUGCCUGUCCCAAUCUUGCAAUACACCAUAAGUAUCAUUUUGAAGACAGUCACACUCACUCCACAAGAACAACAGCAAAAGAUAAAGACCAAUGCAAAUGUGAAAACCUUGUGACAUUCCAGAACUAUGCAACCAGUGAAGUAAGAAAACUCACACAGCGAUUGGAAGAAAUGACAAAGAGAAUGGAAGACUUGGAAAACAGGCUAAAAUACUGACCAAAGCAUCAAGUGUACACUACACUGUAUAUUUAUACAUACAAAGUUGUGAGAGCUAUUUUGUUGAAUCAGUUUAAAGUAAAAUAACAAAUCCUUGUCUCAAGUUAAAUAACAGUAUUUUGGACUCCUGCAUCUGUAAUACUAUGUGUUCUGUCUUGCAUUGAUUGCAGAUAAGAAAUUUUUUGAAAGAUUUAUAUAUAAACAAUUUAGUAACUAGCAAAAAUUCUAAUUCAGUAGAACUAAACUGAAAUAAGCUAUGCAAAACAUUAAAAUGCUGUUAUUUUUGAUGUGAAACCUCCACGUUUUGAAGUAUUUUUAAGGUAUGAAUUUAUUUGGGUUGCUUUUCCGUACUUCCCUCCUCCACUCACUCUGCUCCUAUUUCAAGCACGCUGACUGCACGCCUACGUGUAGUUGUAUGUACGUGCAUGUGUAAGAACAGAACAGUGGGAUGGCAUUCGCAGCAGUUAGAUUUCAUACAUUCUUUCCAACAAGUGCAGACUACUGAAAUCAGUUGGAAGUCAAAAUAUGAAUUUAUGUCCGUGUCAAAAAUGUGACAAAUGUAAAUAAGCAAGGCAGGGAGUCUGCUGGCUUAUCACCGUAGCACCAUCUGAAGUUCCAAGUACUCUUUCUCUUGCCACAACAAGACCGGGUUACCUCACCCUCCUCUUGGUCAGCAUUCAGCAAUUCUUUCAUUUUUCUGAAUGCAACUAUUUUAAUUAUGAAGACAUUCUUUGGGCAACACAACUAGCUGCACACUUGUCUGACAAACGCUAAGAUGAAAAUGAAACAGCAAAUUGCUUCCAGCCAUUCUGGCUAACUGAAGUGCUUUCAAGUUUUACCCCCGCUCCUUGGCGGCAAAAGCACUCUUCUGCUAGCUCUACUUUCACACUGCUGCAGCACCGGAACUAUUUCUUGAAGUGACCUAAAUCUGGGGUUUAAUAGAUAGACACCAGUAAUUCCUUCUUUGCUCUGACACGUUUUGCCUCUUUACUGUCUCCAACUUGAAGCACACAACUUUGUAUGUUCUGCUCCAGAAACCAAAGUAGCUGCAGCAAAAUUAAAUCAUCACAAAUAAACUAGUAAGUAUGCACAUGUACAAAGCAACAAGGUUUAACAGGUAUUCUGUGUUUUAACACUCUUUGGCAAAUAGAAUGCAAAUUUUGUGAGACUGCUGGUACAUACUGAUUGUUGUUACAUGUUCCUUUCAUUGCAUGUCAGCAAAGCGCCAACACCCCACUUAGUAGUCACUAAUACUAAGGAACAUCCUGCAACUGUGGUCUCACACAAAAAAAAGACAAAUCCAGAAAAUGCCAACCUCCUCAACAGUAACACAUGUACAUAUUUUCUCUUGGAAUGAAUAUACAGUAACUUGCAUUAGUAGUUUGUGACUGACUAGGUGAAAAAAUACUAAAAUAAACUUAUUCACACUUUUAAGUAAAGCCAUUGGGAUCCCGCAGCAACACCCCAAAUUUGCUGCUGUGCCUCACAUUAUGACUUGUCUUCCCAUUAGCACCCCAAAACCAAAGCCUAAG